CAAUCAGUCUCGCGUGGUCAAGAUGGCCGACUCAGGUAGCGCGAGCUCUGGGUCUGGGCGCGGAGGCGUUUGUCUCGCCGAGCAUUCGCCCCAGUUCGCUGCGACACGCGAGCCAUUCCGGACGACUCCUAGCUCGUCUUCUGAUAGCACCGUCCGCAAUGCUAGAUCACCUUCUGAUGUCUUUGCGGCCGAUCUUUCUAACCAAGAUUCGCAGCUCAACCACAAGAAUUACCAGUUGCCUCAGCCACCGAAGUUCCAGCCGACAAACCUCACUUCCACCAAGAGUCAGGAUCAGGAAAGCAACCAGAAACCAAAUCGUACUAUCAGCCAGCAUCCGCCCCACUUCUCAACAGGAAAGGCAUCAUUUCCCUCUGAGAGAACGGCAUUUGCAACUCCAACUGGGCGUUCUGCCGUACAGCCAAACACCUUUGGACAUCGAUCCGGUCCGCUGCCGUCUUCUACAUCUAUUCGUGACUUCGGAUUUACCCCCAGCGCCAAGACUCCUGGUCAUCAUACCCCGGGUUCCUUGAACAACGACACUCGACGAAUCCAACAGCAUCCUGCCCCCGUCGAGGACAAGACAAAGCUCAAGCCAACUUCUGAACUCACAAAGACGAACAAGAUUAUCGCGAAGAUGGCUACUCACUGUCAGAUUGACGGACCUUUGGCUGGCCCUCUCCGGGAGAGUCGCCGCUCCGAGCUGGCCAGAGACCAUCCCGCUUGGAUUCCCGCUCGGCAAGUUCAAGCCGGAAUUAUGACCACCCAGCAGGCGAUCCGCCGCACUCCUGGCAUUCCGGCCAACAUUGCCAACGACCUUUGCGAUGGCCUCCAGGUGUACUCGCAAAAGGUUAACGACAUUCUUCGCCAGGCUGUCAAUGAGGUCGCAGAUAUCAAAAUCGAUCUCGAGUACAACGACAAGGUUCUUUGCUCCAAUAAACUGGAGGCUAGCAUCAUUUCCGAGGAGCGUGAGCAGCUCAAGCGCGAUGUUGCUGAGAUUCAUCGCAAGUACGAGGAGUUAGAAGAUCGUCUCGCGCGCUACCACGUGGAGCAGGAGAACCACAAGAACACGGUUCUUGAGUUCUUGGCCCGCCUCGAUCCUCGCAACGAUGAAGAGAAUGAAGACAGAAACCAGAUCGUUGCCGAGUUGCUUCAGACUCUUAAGGACUUCAUGGACCGCCCUAGCUCCCGCUGGAUGCAUGGAGAGCGUGAGAACUCUUCCAAGGCCAUUGCUAUUCUCAGUACCGAGAGCAUCGCCGCGCUUGAGAAGGAGAACCACCCUCAGUCGGCUAAGCGGCUUCAGCAGUCUCAGGAUGCACGUCGUGCCCCGGAUUCGGAAUCACAUGAGAUGGUCCCCACCUUGGACAAUGCUCUGCAGCCGUUCUACCACCAGCAGAACAUGCCGGGCUUUCCACCUGCUCAUAAUGGCCCUUCCACUUCUUUCCCGGGCAUGUAUGGCCCUGGCCGUCGGUCUGGUGACAACCGCACCGUGUCUUCUGCGGGUUGGACGCGCGCGUCUAGCGGCGCCCCUACUCAAUAUACCGGUUCUUACUCGCAAACUCGAGACAUUCAGAACGGUUUCAACGGCGGAUAUCAACAGCCCAAUGGCUUUGCGGGACCCAGUACCCAUCGAGGCCAGUUCAACAUGCCGUCUCGCCCUGGCACUGCCAUGGGUCACCGCGGCUCGUUCCGUCCCAAUGCUCCUGAGUUCCACCCGGGCAUGUACGGCAACGCAGACAACAGUGGCUUCCACAAUGAUGCGUCCUACAACAUGAGCUACGGCUCAGGAUCCAAUGCUGGUCCUCGCCACAACUUCAACGGAGGCAGCACUCCUUUCCGCAGCCCGACUCCUCGCUCCGCUGGUCAUUACGGCAACUUUGAAGGACCCGGUGGUGGCUUUCCUCGCCCGUCUCCUCUGGUUCCUUCAGGACGUCAAGUCUCCCAUGGUUCCCAGUACGGUAUGGGCUCGAGUCACAUGGGCUACAGCAACGACUACUCGAUGGUUCCACAGCGCACUCGUAGCCACGGUCCCAACUCGUCCGGCAACAGCCACCAUACGGCUGGCAUCCGUCAGCAAGGAGCUUUCAGUCCUGGUCCCUUUGGCCAGGGUGGCAACGGCCCCAGCCAUGCAGUCACCAGUCCCUUGGCUCCCUGCAACGGCUUCAGUGAGGAUGAAGGCGGCGACAAUGAGCGCUAUGCUCGUGCCCUUGAGGGCGUUUGGGGUCUCGCGCGGGGCUAG